UGGCAAAAUAAAAGAUUCACCCUCGUACCGUCGAAUUAACUCCAUUAAAAAAUAUAAAAAAACGGAAUAAAGAGGUUAUGUUGGAAAAUAAAAAUGUUAUCAUUUAAUUUUUUCUCUUGUGAUAUUAAAAUCAUCAUCUAUUUAAUAAGGAAAAACGAUAAUGAAGGCUGGGGAUAAUAUUCCAAACGUAGAUAAAUAUCGCAAAUUGGUGCAAACCUUCAUCAAUUUGCAUGUUUAUAGUUCCGCACUGUUUUGGGCUGACAAGGUAGUAGCAUUAACAGGAAAUCCCAGAGAUAUUUAUUGGCUUGCACAAUGUAUGUAUCUUUUAAAACAAUACCACCGUGCCAUCCAUUUACUUAGGUCACAAAACUUAGAGAAAACCCACAUGCUUUGUAAUUAUUUAACUGUGAAAUGCUUACUGGAAGCUCGAGACUACAAUGAGGCCCUGAAAGUUGUUAAUUCAUUUAAUCUUCAGUGCAUACCUUACAGGAGUACCACUACUAUGGCGAGCACAUCUACUCAGGAGAAUAUUUUAUUUGACGAUACUCCUAGAAAUCAAACUAUUGCAGCGGUACUUUUAUUGAAAGGAAAGGUUUUGGAGGCAAUGGAUAAUCGUGCACUGGCUGCUGAUUGUUAUAAGCAGGCACUGGAUCAAGAUGUGUAUUGUUAUGAGGCUUUCGAUUGUUUGAUUAAGUAUCAAAUGCUCACAGCUGCUGAAGAGGAAGAAUUGCUACAUUCUCUUCCAAUAGCGGAGCAGUGUUCUCAAGAAGAAGCGCAGGUAUUGUUAACGUUGUAUGAAAGUAAACUGAAGAAAUACCACACCCCAACUCAGCCGAAGUCCAUUGAAGGCAACAUAUUGUUCGGCAGCACCCCGUGUUCUACCAGAAUCUUCGAAAAACGAUCUCAACAAACCUUCCCAUCGCUUCCCGCAACGCCCAUAAGUACCUUUCCAUCGUCGCCCGUCCCCAAGACGCCGAAUACCACUCGUAAUGAAAAAGAUGAAAUGCCCGAGGACAAGCCGCCCGUGGAAAGCAUGGUUACAGAAGAACAGGCCGCGGAUAGUAGCGUUGUAAUGACGCGACUGAAGGACAGCUUGGAUCUGCACGUCGCCGAAGCUGAACGGUUGUUUUACAACUGCGAUUAUCGUCAGUGCAGUCAACUGACAGAUGCGAUACUGAAGCAGGACCCCUAUCACACCAGUUGUUUACCCAUUCAUAUUUCUUGUCAGGUUGAAUUGAAGCGAAGCAGUAAAUUGUUCUCUUUGGCCCAUAAUUUAGUUGAUCUGUAUCCAAAUAUGGCUAUAUCUUGGUAUGCAGUAGGGUGCUACUAUUACAUAAUAGGAAAAAGUGAUUGUGCAAGGCGUUACUUGGCGAAAGCGACAAGUUUGGACAGGCUUUUUGGACCAGCUUGGCUUGCUUAUGGUCAUUCGUUCGCCGUGGAAAACGAACAUGACCAGGCUAUGGCCGCUUAUUUUAAAGCUACACAACUCAUGAAGGGAUGUCACUUGCCAUUAUUGUACAUUGGUUUGGAAUGUGGCCUUACGAAUAACGUGAAACUUGGAGAAAAAUUCUGUAGUCAAGCUCAGGCGAUUGCACCAGACGAUCCAUUUAUUAUGCAUGAGAAAGGAGUCAUUGCCUUCAUUAAACAGGACUAUGAAAGUGCCGAAAUCAAUUUCAAACAAGCAUUGGAAAAAGUUAAGGAAAUAAAAAAAGGUAUAAUUCCUGAAAGGUGGGGCUCUUUGUACAAUAAUUUAGGGCACACAUGUAGAAAACUGAAGAAGUAUGAAGAAGCUUUAGAAUAUCACAAGUCGGCAUUGUUAUUAGCACCACAAUCGCCUAGUAUUUAUUCUGCGAUAGGUUUUGUGUACUCGUUGAUUGGUAACAUUGAUGAGGCUAUUGAUUGGUUUCAUAAAUCUUUAGGUUUAAAACGAGAUGACACAUUUAGUACUACUAUGUUAAAUUACGUCAUUGAACGACAAUCGGAAGAACAGCCUCCAUUCCCAGAGGCAGGACUGUGGAUGUCCCCAAUCCGAUAAACCCGAGUCGAAGCACUUUCCGGGAUUGUCAGAGUGCAGUGGUUUAAGAAGAUGUAGAGCGACAAACAAACUUCGAAUAUAUGCUUCAUCUCACUUCGCACCGUCGUUGGUGGGAUAUGGAAUGGAAUGAGGUUUUCUUCAGUGAUGAGUCUCGUGUUUGUUUGUCCAAACAUGAUGGUGGGUUUUAAAAGAUACCGCAUAAAAAGGAGAAAUCAACAUGUAGAGAGGUCUGUGCAUCAAACACCUGGCGUAUUGAGUUGCCAUUACAUGUAGUAGUUGGUUAUCCUUAAUUUUCAUUAGAGGUAAUUGUGGAACUUUGUUGUCUUACCGUACCUACCUACAAAAUCCCGUUUUGCAACAGAAUAAUUAUCUCAUAUUAAGAGGGUUACUUUAGAUUCCGAUAUACAUUAGCAAAGUUUCCGGACUUAUCACCGACUGAAGACGUGUGAGACAUCAUUGGGAGGAAAUUUCGAAAUUCAGUCCUUCCCUCACAAACUUUUACGGACGUUCAGCGUCAAGUAGAUGUGGCAUGAAAGGAAGUUUUAAUCGUAUGCUACUCUCUAUAAUACAAACUUAUCAACAAAAAUCAAUGAAAUCUGAGCACUGGAUCUAUGUGUUCCAUAUUUAUCAAGUUCAUUAGUUAUUAUUUUUAUUAAUAUUUUAUUU